ACUCUCUCUUUUCCAUUUUUUCACACCAUUUCUCUAAAAAAAGGCAAACUGCUUUUCUCUCGUCCCCAUCUCUCUCUAUUUUGAUCCUGUCAUCAAAACCAAUCAAAAGAAGCAAAAAACCCAAAUGGCAAAACAGCAAAAGGAAGACCUUGCUGCAGCAAUCAUCAACUCUCUCCAGGGCCAGGACAAAGUGGAAGAGAAAGAGCUCGUCCUCGGAUCUGAAGAGCCUGAGGUUCCAUUGCCCCUCACAGUCACUUCCCGGGUAUUGUAUAUGUUGGGAGACAUAACUUCUGGUCCGGCAUAUCGGCUCACACAAUGGUUGGAACUUGUUCGUAAAAGAAGCGGGAGAUACGGAUCUUCUGGCUUCCAACAAUCCCACGGGCUCAAUAAUAUGCCAUCUAGUGCAGAAGAAUCAUCUGCUGAUUCAAAGAGUCAUCUUCUCCCUGAGCAAGCUCCUGAAAUUAGUUUGCGGGAAAGACUAGGUAAAGUUUCCAUGUUGGACAUCGAAUCAAGCUCCUUUUCAUGGGAUAUGCUUUCAUCACUUCACCAUGCUGAGCAUAGCAGCAGCACUGAUCAUUCUGAGGACGAACAAAAUAAAGCCCUUGAGGUAACCGUAAAUUCUGGUGGAGUUGUUUUCUUUGCAUUAUUCAACCAGCCUGGGCUUGGUGAUGUUUCUCCAAAUCAGGCGGCUGCUGUUAUAAAAUUUUCAUCUUCAAGGAUGGCAACACAAUCAGAACGCCUUGGAUAUGAAUUUGCGAGGUGGCUAGGAGUCCGAACCCCUCAGGCUAGAGUCAUUCAUACUUCAAGCCCAGAGUGGCUUCAAAUCAAGGAAGCAGCAGAGAAAACAAGAGUUAGAGCAACUUCAGAAGGAGAUGAAGUAGGUGAAGUCAUUUGUUCAGAACUUCUGGAGGCUCUUGAACUUAGCCGAUGCCUUCUUCUAAUGAGUUAUGUUCAUGGGUCUCCAUUAUUGGAAAGCUCAAGUGCAUUUGAGUCACAGGAAACUGCAGAAAAAACUGCAGCAGCUCUUGGCAGGGUCUUGUUGUUAGACCUUGUCAUCAGAAAUGAAGAUAGACUUCCUUGCCGUCAACUAAGGUGGCGUGGAAACCCUGCCAAUUUGUUGUUGGCUGACAAAAUGUCCUCUGCAAAUACAGAUACUUUGGAGGAAGCAUUUGAUUCUGCAAUUUAUCGCUACCGACCAAGGGUCAUUAGAGCUCUUCAAAAAGAAAGAAGGUCAACUUCAGUAGAUAGCAGAUUUAGCUCUCAUGGUCCAUUACUGGUAUCGCAGAGCUCUAAUCUUUCUGAAAUCUCUGAAUCCCCAAGUGAAAACAGCCUAAGAAGUGGAGCAUCUGGAGAAUCAACCCUUUCUGAUUCUCACAUUGUUGCUAUAGACUCAGGUGUACCCCGUCGACCUCCUGCUGGCAAACGUGCAAAUGAUCAUGCUGUUUAUCCAAAGUUGGUUGAGUUACUCCUCAACUGUUCUGACUACUCCGCUAAUCUUCUACAUGAUAUAACAGGAGGAAAAUUAGGAAUUCCUCCAUUAGAAGAUGGUGACAACACAACUGAUGUACACUCUACUGAAAUGGCGUUAGCUGUGCAGGGAUUUCGUAGUGGCUUCCGUGCUGCUUUAAGGGAUUUACAGGGAUUCCAUAUAUUCUUACUCACACUUCACCAGAAACUAGAUAACUUAUUAAGACAAUUUUUGAGCAUUAUAAACAAAACAUUGUCAGCUGACUUUGACAAGGAGGAUUGUGUUAAUUCCGAGUCACCUUCUCCUCCUGUUGUUCCUGGAGAUGUUUGUUCUCAAUCCCCACCUACUGCUAGCAAGGAACAGGUCCUUAGUGAUCAUCAACCAGAUUACAGUGAUUCAGAGUCACAAAGAACAGCUCCAAGAUUAUCUUCUUCAGGGCAUAAAGAAAUCACAGACUAUAGUUCUCAAAUGUUACGUGAAGUCUGGCCUGGAAAGUCCCAUAGAGGAAAUGGAGACCAGCUUCGUAGCCUGCGUCUGACAGCAAAGCUCCGUGACUUCCAUAAAUUUGCCAAGGUUGAUGCUGAAUCAAGUAAAGAACUGGAACAAUGGAAUGAAAUGCUAAAAAAUGAUGUGGUUAAACUCUGCCAAGAGAACAAUUUUAUUUCUGGAUUUUUUGAGGGUAGUGAUAGUCACAGCGUUGUAGAUGCUUAUGAACUGAAGGUCAGGCUUGAGCACAUUCUUGAGAGGAUAGGAUUGAUAUCUGAGGCUGCAAACACAGAGAAGCCAUCUUCAAUCACUGAUAGGUUGUUCAUUGGCGGGGCCUUGGCUGCAAGAUCUAUUUAUACACUAGAACACUUAGGAGUCACUCAUAUAUUGUGUUUGUGCUCCAAUGAAAUUGGACAGUCCGACUCUCAGUACCCUGACCAUUUUGUGUAUAAAAACUUUUCUAAUGCCGGUCUAAGCAGCAGCUCACUCAAGCUUCAUUUGCAGAAAGCACACAAGUGGCUCUCAUCAGGCAGUGUGGACAGUGCAAUGACAAUGGAAAUACAAAAGGCUGUUGAGGCACUCAAAAUAAGCCGCAGUUGAAGUAUCAGCCCCACACAGAUACAGUCUCAUUCAGUUAUGGAUGUGUAGAACUAGCAAGUUCAGUUAGUGCAAAGGAAGUAAACUGGGAAAUUGUUAGUUCUUAUUCAGUAUCAAAAUCUGACAUUUUAGGUAACUUUUUUUAUCCCUUCUUCUUUUACCACAAUCUUGGAAAAAUCUUGAGCUGAAGACAGUGAACCUUAGCAAGUUGAUAGUUAAAUGUGAUUGUUCCAUAGCAUGACUUUGUAGAUGUUGUAGAUAGCUAUUUGCAAUGACUAAUAAGAGGAUUUGUUGUAAUGACCAAAGCAUUUGCUUUUUGUUUGUGUAGAUUUGGGAAUGCUUACAGCAGUUUGUUUUAAACACAAAGGCAUUAUGAAUAAAUAUGAAAUUGUUUU